AUGAGUACGUGCAAGAAAAGGAACAAUGAAUUAUUAUUACCUAUUGCAAAGCUACAGAAAAGCUUUCCUUUAAUAGAGUGGUGGCAAGGAAAAGAAAUUUUACAUAAAAUUCAAAAAAAAAAUCAAAAGAAUUUUGAAAAGAACCCAUGUGAUAGUUUAUGGGGAAAGUUUAUAAACUGCUUAAGAAAAUAUCCUAAUACAUUUAGCAAAUGCAAAAUUGAAGCUUCAAGGUAUAUGCAAUGUUUGUCUUCUAUCAAUGCUAGUGAUGAAGUAAAUAAUAAACCAAUGAAUUAUAUAAAAGUUUUGGAAUAUUUAAAAAUCUUUAAUGAGACAAGUAGAUUUAAAUAUAAAAAACCGGAGUUAACAGAUUAUUCUUAUUCUCAAAAAUUAUCCUUCCAAAAAGGGAAAGAUGAUAACAAUGAUAUUUUUUAA